AUGACAGAACAAAGCCGUGCAAGCAUAGAAAGCAGUGGAAUUUUAUCAAUAGGAUGCCGAGAAAGCCAGAACAUAGACAAUUCAGGCUGCUAUGAAAACGAGCUAACAUUUUAUAGUGAGCAGUCAUCAUGCAUAAGCAUAAAAGAUAUUCCUCUAGAUAAGUCUAGCAUCAGUAGAUAUGAUAACAUUUCUCAGUAUCGUUGCUUGAAAUGCCCUUGCAUAAUAUUUUAA